AUGUUCUUAAAAUUGACUUUUAUGUACAAUGACAAUUUCAGAUUUGAUAUAAGUAAUACAGAUCACGUAAUGUCCGUGAAAUUGUUAGAUCGUAUUACGAUCAUUUGUCCUCAACCAAGUAUCAAACCAUGGAUGCCUUACGAAUUCACUAAAUUAUAUGCGGUUAUAAUUUUGCAAAACUUUGAAAUAUUGAAGAAAAUGUGCACAUAUACUGUAAUCUGUAAAAAUUUCGCGUAUUGUUUGAUUUCUGUACACGACCUUUCAACUUUUUCUAGCAAAAAAAUGAAACUAAUGUAUGAAAUGUUUAAUUUCUCUCUAAUUUGA